AUGCCGAGUCCAUUGUCUUAUUUACUCUCUAUAAACACAAACAUUGGCAGUAAUAGCCCUGUUAUUCUCAACUCUUUUCCUCAAGACAAGUGGAAUCAUGAAAGCGCCACCACCACCGCCUCUUUUCAACAAGUCAACCUUUCGAAUCACGAUCAUCAUCACAACACGAGACAAGAGUUAGACUUCUUCGUCACUCAUCACAACGACGACAACCGUAUCGCCUCUUCUUCUUUCCCUGCCGCCGACCACGAUAACAAUCAUCGUCAUUCCUUGGAAUUCAAAGUAAACACUGGUCUGAAUCUUCUCACUACCAGCACUACGGAGGACGAUCACGUAAAUUUGCAAGACAGAAGAACUAAACUUGAGGAGGUAGGUGUAAUUGAAGCGGAGAUAGAGCGAGUGAAGGAGGAGAAUGAAAGGAUAAGGGAGAUGAUUGAUGAGGCAAACAGUCAUUACAGUGCGCUUCAGAUGCACCACAUGAAUCUCAUGAACAAGAGCAGUGACGAUGAAAGAGUAUUGGUUCCAAGGCAGUUUAUGGAUCUAGGCUUAGCAACAAAUUCGCACAAUUGUUCAUCAUCACGAUCAAGAUCAAAAUCACCAUCAGGGAAUAGUAGUGGUGGUGAUGGAGAGAAGAAGAGAAUGAAAAGAGAAGAAAGCCCGAUGAGGGAAGAAGAAGCAAACAAAAUAGAGAGGUCAAGUAGUCCAGCAAAACAUAAUCUUGACCAAGCUCACGAGGCCACUAUGAGGAAAGCUAGAGUUUCUGUUAGAGCCAGAUCAGAGGCACCUAUGAUAACUGAUGGGUGUCAAUGGCGAAAGUAUGGACAGAAGAUGGCUAAAGGAAACCCAUGCCCUCGAGCUUAUUAUCGUUGCACCAUGGCUUCCGGUUGUCCAGUUAGGAAACAGGUGCAAAGGUGUGCAGAGGAUAGAACAGUGUUAGUGACAACAUAUGAAGGGAAGCACAACCACCCUUUGCCACCGGCAGCAAUGGCUAUGGCGCAAACAACUUCCUCAGCCGCAACAAUGCUUCUUUCUGGUUCAUCAAUGUCAACCAAUGACAACACCACCCUAAUCAACAAUGCAACAAACUUCUUAGCAACAACACUUCUUCCAUCUUCUUCAUCAUCAUCAUCAGCUGCUACUUCAACCAUGGCAACAAUCUCAGCUUCAGCACCAUUCCCAACUAUCACAUUGGACCUUACUCAUGAUGACUCCCCCAUCAACAACAACAACAACCACCCUUUUCAGUUCCCAAUAAGGCCUAGUACAAUUCCACAAAUACCCUUCAACAUAUUUGGUGGUAAUAGUAGUAAUAAUAAUAGCAAUAACCAAUCAAAGUUUUGUGGUCUACAAAUGCCUAAUAAUAAUAAUAAAGAUCAUAGUAAUAGUAGUAGUAGUAGUAACAAUCUUGUUGAUACAGUUGGUGCUGCAAUUGCAUCUGAUCCAAACUUCACUGCUGCUUUGGUAUCAGCUCUUAGCUCCUUUAUUAGUGCUGCUGCUCCUACUCAACAAAACAACAUUAGCAAUAGCAAUGACAAUGGCAAUGGCACACUCAACAACAAUAGCUAGCUACCAAUGGUGGAACCAAUCAUUAUUAGUUGAUCCCUUUUAAAAAGUUUUUAUUUUUUAUUUUUUUAUUUUAUUCUAAUUUGGCUGGUUAUUUAUGACCGCACCGUUUUUUUUAUUAGUUUUUAUUCUCAUUUAUUUGAGGAACUUGCUUAGGGCAUUAAACUUUAAACUAUAUAUUACUAUUUGACAAUUA